CCGCUGCAUCACAGAGAGGAAAAUACCACCAGAUGGCGGUUUAGGAUUGCUGCUCUUAUAUGAAGGCGCGGUUCCGCUCGCACGGGCAAUUUUCAAUAUAAAUAUACGAAUUUUAUUCACGCUAAUAACGAUUGUUUAAAUCGGAAGGUGAUAAACGAUUCGGCGAUGGUCGACAAAGCUGAAGAGAGUUAAGCACCAGCAAGUCAAGCAGUCUCCUCCCUACCCUUCCAGACCUCCCCCUCCUCAGCCCUGCCGUGCUGCACCUUCUUCUUCAUCACACCUCUACAGCUUUCUCCUGAAGACUAUCAGAGCUACACAGGUCAACGACUCCCACGCCGGCCACCAUGAUCACCUCGGAGCUUCCAGUCCUCCAGGACUCCUCCAAUGAGUCUGGAGCAACAGAAGCUGUGGGUCUGAGCAUGAGCAUGGGUGAGAUGGAAGACCCCGAGAUGAAAGGGAAGAAGAAAAGAGGGAGGCCCGGAAAACAGGCGCAGACGUUCAAUAAGAAGCCUCGGAAGACGCCGGCAGAGAAGCCCAUGGGGAUGGUCAGAGGCCGGGGGAAGGCAAACGGCGUGGCUCAGCACAACGGGAAUGCAGGAGACCCCGUCACGCUCUUUGAAGUCGUCAAACUUGGUAAAAGUGCAAUGCAGUCUGUAGUGGACGAGUGGAUCGAGUCCUACAAACAAGACCGGGACCUGGCACUCCUGGACCUGAUCAACUUUUUCAUCCAGUGCUCGGGUUGCAAAGGCACUGUGAGGAUAGAGAUGUUCAGGAACAUGCAGAACGCAGAGAUCAUCCGUAAGAUGACGGAGGAGUUUGAUGAGGACAGUGGCGACUAUCCUCUGACCAUGCCAGGCCCCAUGUGGAAAAAGUUCCGCUACAACUUCUGCGAGUUCAUCUGCGUUCUGAUCCGCCAGUGUCAGUACAGCAUCAUCUAUGACGAGUACAUGAUGGACACGGUGAUCUCCCUCCUCACUGGGCUGUCAGACUCACAGGUCCGAGCCUUCAGGCACACGUCCACGCUCGCAGCGAUGAAGCUGAUGACGGCGCUGGUGAACGUGGCUCUGAACCUCAGCAUUCACCAGGACAACACCCAGAGACAGUACGAGGCCGAGAGGAACAAGAUCGUUGUCAAGCGGGCCAACGAGAAGCUGGAGCUGCUGCUGCAGAAGAGGAAGGAGCUCCAGGAGAACCAAGAUGAAAUCGAGAACAUGAUGAACUCCAUCUUCAAGGGCAUCUUUGUGCAUCGCUACAGGGAUGCCAUCGCUGAGAUCCGAGCCAUUUGCAUCGAGGAGAUCGGUGUGUGGAUGAAGAUGUACAGCGACGCGUUUCUCAACGACAGUUAUCUAAAAUAUGUUGGCUGGACUCUCCACGACCGGCAAGGAGAGGUGCGUUUGAAAUGUUUGAAGGCUCUGCAGAACCUCUACACAAACCGAGAGCUGUUUCCAAAGCUGGAGCUUUUCACCAAUCGCUUCAAGGACCGAAUAGUCUCGAUGACGCUGGAUAAGGAGUAUGACGUGGCCGUGGAGGCCAUCAGACUGGUUACACUCAUCCUGCAGGGCAGUGAGGACGCCUUGUCGAAUGAAGACUGUGAGAAUGUUUACCACCUGGUUUACUCUGCUCACCGACCGGUGGCUGUUGCUGCUGGAGAGUUCCUUCACAGGAAAUUGUUCAGUCGCCACGACCCACAGGCAGAAGAAGCCCUGGCUAAACGCCGAGGGAGGAGCAGUCCCAACGGAAACCUCAUCCGCAUGCUGGUCCUCUUCUUCCUGGAGAGCGAGCUUCACGAGCACGCAGCGUAUCUGGUUGACUCGCUGUGGGAAAGUUCACAGGAGCUGCUGAAGGACUGGGAGUGCAUGACUGAACUACUGCUGGAGGAGCCAGUUCAGGGAGAAGAGAUGCUUUCAGACAGACAGGAGAGCGCGCUGAUAGAGCUGAUGGUGUGCACCAUCCGACAGGCAGCCGAGGCACAUCCACCUGUUGGCAGAGGCACUGGCAAACGGGUUCUGACAGCAAAGGAGAGAAAAACCCAGAUAGAUGAUAAGAAUAAGCUGACUGAGCACUUCAUCAUGGCUCUGCCCAUGUUGUUAUCUAAGUACCAGGCAGAUGCCGAGAAGGUCGCCAAUCUUCUGCAGAUCCCGCAGUUCUUUGACCUGGACGUGUACAGCGCCGGGCGCAUGGAGAAGCACCUGGAUGCCUUACUGAAGCAGAUCCGGCUGGUGGUGGAAAAGCACAUUGAGACGGACGUGCUGGAGGCCUGCAGCAAAACCUAUAGCAUCCUCUGCUCGGAGGAGUACACCAUCAUGAACCGCGUGGACAUCGCCCGCUCACAGCUCAUCGAUGAGAUGGCCGACCGGUUCGCACACUCGGUUGAGGAGCUGCUGCAGGAGGGUGAGGAAGCGGAUGAUGACGACAUCUACAACGUUCUGUCUACCCUUAAGAGACUCACAGCCUUCCACAACGCCCAUGACUUAACGCGGUGGGAUUUGUUUGGAAAUUGCUACCGCCUCCUUAAGGCGGGCAUCGAGCAGGGCUCCAUGCCGGAGCAGAUCGCCGUCCAGGCGCUCCAGUGCUCCCACUACUCCAUCCUCUGGCAGCUGGUGAAGAUCACUGAGGGCGUUCCCAGCAAGGAUGACCUCAUCGCUCUCAGGAGAGUGGUCAAGUCUUUCUUGGCCGUGUGCCAGCAGUGCCUGUCCAAUGUCAACACUCUAGUAAAAGAACAGGCGUUCAUGCUGCUCUGCGACCUGCUGAUGAUCUUCAGCCACCAGCUGACCUCUGGGGGGAGGGAGGGCCUCCAGCCGCUCGUCUUCAACCCUGACAGCACUCUGCAAAACGAGCUUCUGAACUUUGUCCUGGAUCACGUCUUCAUCGACCAGGAUGAUGAGAACCAGAGCAUGGAAGGAGACGAGGAGGACGAAGCCAACAAGAUCGAAGCUCUUCACAAGAGGAGGAACCUGCUGGCAGCUUUCUGUAAACUCAUCAUCUAUGACAUCGUAGACAUGCCUGCUGCUGCUGACAUUUUCAAACACUACAUGAAGUACUACAACGAUUACGGUGACAUCAUCAAAGAAACGCUCAGUAAAACCAGACAGACUGAUAAGAUUCUCUGUGCCAAGACUCUCAUCCUCAGUCUGCAGCAGCUGUUCAACGAGCUGCUGCAGGACCAGGGUCCCAACUUGGACCGAACGUCGUCUCACGUGAGCGGCAUCAAGGAGCUGGCUCGCCGCUUCGCCCUCACCUUUGGCCUGGAUCAGAUCAAAACCAGAGAAGCUGUCGCGACGCUUCACAAGGAUGGAAUAGAGUUUGCCUUCAAGUAUCAGAAUCCUCGAGGACCAGAGUUCCCUCCCAUCAACCUGGCCUUCCUGGAGGUUCUGAGCGAAUUUUCCUCCAAACUAAUUCGCCAAGACAAAAAGACGGUUCACUCCUACCUGGAGAAGUUCAUGUCGGAGUCGAUGUCGGAGCGUCGGGAGGAUGUGUGGCUGCCACUGAUCUCGUACAGGAACAGCCUGCUGACGGGCGGAGACGAGGACCACAUGUCCGUCACGUCGGGCUCCAGCAGCAAGACCGGCUCAGUCCGCAGCAAGAAGGGACGACCGCCGCUGCACAAGAAACGCAUCGAGGAAGAGAGCAGUGUGGAGAGCUCUUGGAUGAUGCGUAACGACACCCUCCAGACACCGGGGGCGCUGCAGACUCCCCAGCUCACUUCAACAGUCCUCAGAGAGAACAGGCCUGCAGAACACUUGCCAGAUCCAGACUCCGAGCCGGGAUCAGAGAACGACUACGUCCACAAUCCUCAGAUGCAGAUGUCGUGGCUCGGCCAGCAGAAAAUGGAGGAGGUGAACAGGAAGGACAGAACAAGCAUGAACUACAUCAAGUCGCGCAGCAAUCAGGGCGUCAGGCAGACCGUGCGCGGCCUGAUGGAGGAUGAUGCUGAGCCCAUCUUUGAAGAUGUGAUGAUGUCAUCACGGGGGCAGCUAGAGGACAUGAACGAGGAGUUUGAGGACACCAUGGUGAUCGAUCUGCCACCAUCGAGGAACAGACGUGAGCGAGCCGAGCUGAGACCAGACUUCUUUGACUCAGCGGCAAUGAUAGAAGACGAGUCGGGGUUCACCAUGCCCAUGUUCUGAUCUGGACAAAGUAACGUUCCUGUUAUCAGCACCCACACCAGGAGUAAAAUGGGGGGAAUGGGGGGAGGGUUUGGGAACCCAGAUCACCUGCCAAUCAAACUCUAAAGAAGAAGAAAAAUAACUGUUAGGCUGUCGGUCUCUGACACGAUGGAAGGAUGUUUUAUGAAUCCGACAUCAGCUGGACCUCACCUGGAAUCCUUUUGGAGGUUCCAUAAUCUGGUCUGAACUAUUAGAGAGCUGUGUCCUGUCCAUGUUCUUCCUCCUCCUCCUCCUCUUCUUCUGCUGCCCGUCGGUUUAUCUCUCGUUAGCGGUGGAUCCGAAGGCGUUCAGGCCGCUUCAACCUAGUCGGCCUGUUCAGUUCUCCUGUUACAGCGACGCUUAUGGUCAGCAUCUCGGAGCACCAAGACCCUCUGUACAGCCCCCCCACCCCUUCUAUUGGUGUCGCACUUCGGCCCUUCUAUUAAACCCAAUAUGGAGAGGAUAUCCGUACUAAAAUGUUCUACUUUGCUCCUUUUAGGACCCACAGAUCUCUCUUCUCUGUUCACUAUCUCUCGUCCGUGGUGUGUGAUGUGCUCGUGAAGUCUUGGUGGUGAUAAUGGUUGAGUACUGGCGCACUCGCACACAGAUCAUCAGCUGUGGGCUGACCCGAAGGAAGGAACCCAACUAAUCCUGUACUUGUCCACAAAUGAAAGGUUUGAUUGUGAAAGCGCGUCUUGAGGCCAAUCUUGGGAGAGAACACCCCCCCCCCCCCACACACACACACACACGCACACACACACUCCAAAUAACGGCUUUUUUAAGUUACAAAAACUUUUAAAAAAAGAUAAUAAACAUAUUUUCAAUUCUGUAGCUUUAGUACUAAAGUUUUAAAUCAAGUGUGUUUUGUUUUUGUCUGAUGUUUGUACAGUUUUUGCUUUUUUUAAAAAUAUGUAUCAUGUUUGUUGCCAAAUUGUGGCCUACAUACUCUAAAGUAUAUUCCAUCCCUCCCCUCCUCAUCCCAGACGGUUAACAACAAAACCAGCUUCUACGCGCUGUAUGAUCGGAUUGUAAUCGUCACACACUUAAGUAUUAAUGCAGAAAAUCUGUGCCGUUGGUCCAUUUAACAGGUCGAAACUUAUUUUGCUCCUGAAAGCAGUGUUACCAAACCCAAGAAGCUCGUCGUUGUCAUUGUUUAUAUCCAUAUGUGACGGAUCUUUGUCUGGCGGAUGUGUUUGAAUGUUCUCAGCCAUAUCUUUAUCCACCAUUCUUUUGGGCAAAUCAAUCAUUUACCACCUUUGCUCAUUGGCUCAGAGGCAGUCCUGUAAAUAUCAGAGACAAUUGCAUCGAUUCUGCAGUGCAGUUGAUAUUGGUUGCCCUAAAAUACUCUAAAAGCCUGAUUUUUUUUUUUCUGUGAACUUAAAUUCUUUUUAAUAAAAUAAACCUUGUAUUCAAACUGACCACUGGUUUGGACUCUUAAACGUUCAGCUACAAUAGGAGCUAAGACCCAACAUACAAAUCUGCAACAGCCAAUGAACAAAUCUGUUUCAUUUUAUAAACAAAAAGGGAUGUUUAGGUAUUUUUUAAAAUAAUUUUCUUAUGUAAUAAAUAAAAUCUGCCAAACUAAAUAACAUUUUUAUAUUCUGACACCAAACACCAUCAAAGCAAUGUUUGUAACCAAUAUCAUUUGUUUUCUCAGCUAAUAGGCAUACAAAAGGAAUUUAAUAAAUUUUUUAUUAUCAAUUAAUGAGAUUCAAGUAAUUCAGUUAAAAAUUUAACAUGAUUAAAAAAGUGUUAUUCUGCAUAAACGUUUAUGGGUAAGUAUUAUAGUAUUUAUGGGUUAGGGUUGUGAUUUUUCACACACGGCAGUAAAACUGAUUCUGAAACCUUUGGAAAUCACUAAAUCACCACAAGAGGGCAACAAAAUCAAAUAAAAAUAGCAAGGAGGAAAAUCAUGAGGAAAACUUUUGAAAUGGUAUUUUUUGUUCUUGCUAAAUAAGUUUAAAAAAAACAUGUUUAUUGUGAUAAAAUGAAAAUAAAAAUAAAAUUUUUGGUAUGGAAAUGAGAAAAUGAUUUAGUUUUGACAUUUUUUAUUCAAAAUUAAUUAGGCUAAUAUUUUUUACCACCUAAGAAUAAUAAAUUAUAUAAAUAUAUAUAUUUAAUAUUUUAACAACCAAAAAUGUACAUUUAUUUCAUUGUUUCUGAUGAGAAAACCCAACUUCUAAACUUUUUAGACUCAGAAUAAACACUAGACUCUCGUUUCAGUGUUUGAUACAACUUCCUGAUUCUUGUACAACUCUGACCUGCUGAUACCAAAUAUGGUCUUACGAUUAAUCACCAAUAACGGAGUACAAUUUUUUAAUUUAAUACUGAUUAACCUGAUUAUGAUGGAAGAAACAACAUGGAGGACAGCAGGCACACCGGGGACUAAGAAGUUAGCACAAGUCUCAUUUAACUAAAAUCAACAUCCAAUUUUCAAAUCCAUGAAGUCAAACACAACAGUGACUCAUUGUUUAUUUUAUAGAUGAAAGAGCAGCAAAAAGGCACAGUCCCAGAAUAUGAAAAGUGUGUUUUGGUGGAGGUCAAAUAUGACUACAUAUUCAAGCCUUAAGGGGAAAACACUAAAAGUACUUUAAUGCCUUAAUAAACACAUUAACUACAGUAUGUUUGUGUUUCCUGCUAAAAUAAUGUCUUUCAGAGGUGAAGAUCAUAUUUCACACAGAUUUGUUCAAAAGUUAAUAAUAGCCAAUAUGGCCACUGCUGAAUCUGCAACCACAGAACUAUUAAAGUAAUUUAAAAUGUGUUUUUGGGAGAUCUGAUGGACAUAAAACCCUGAUUCUAGUCAAAGUAACAAUAAUUCAUUUAAGUCUAAACUGUUUAUUAUGAAACCCAAUAAAAGAAACCAGGCACGGUGCCUCGCAGCAAGAAGGAUGCAGGUUCAAAGCCCUGCUACAGCAGCUCCCAGCAACCGUACUCGGGUAGAUAAGUGAAAUGAGUCCCAAGAGGAUGUUUACUCAAUGCUUUGAUUGGAGUGAUGAACAGCGAGGACCAGUCCGGUCUGCUGAGGGGGUUCCUACAAGAACCGGGUCACUCAGCAGUGUAGGUGUACAGUCGGGUCGGAUCGCUCUCACAGGGGAAUGUUGGCGUGCUUCUUCCACGGAUUCACCUGCUUCUUGCUGGCCAGCACCUCCAGAUCCCUGCAAAUCCUUUUUCGGGUUGUCGCCGGCUCGAUGAUGUCAUCGACAAAACCUGAUUAAUUCAGAUGGGUGCCAUUUAACCUACGGAUCAGGAACUAGGAAUAUGACAUGUUUGUGUCUGGUUAACAGCAGGUUUACCUCGGACAGCAGCCGGGAAGGGGUUGGCAAACUUUUCCACAUAUUCAGCCUCUGCCUCAGCUUGGUUCUCCUUUCCUCUGAAGAUGAUCUGAACAGCGCCCUGGGAACAUUCAGAUGAUGAACGGCGGCACUUUGAAUCAAGUAAAAACACAGAGACAACCUUAAGAGUGGGUUUGUACUUUCGCUCCCAUGACUGCAACUUCAGCUGUCGGCCAGGCGUAGUUCAUGUCACCUCUCAGGUGUUUAGAGCUCAUGACAUCAUAGGCUCCCCCGUAAGCCUGGAAUAAAGACCAGAACAGUUAUGGUGGACUAUCAACGCAGCUUUUGGCAGCAUGUUUUAAUGGCUGUCAUCCACGGAUGUCUGAGUGGCCUCCUCUUGGAUAAACCGCUUAUGUCCUGAAGCAUUGAUGAGCUAAAGGCUGCAGAUGGCUUUCAUGGUGGUUCAAGCAAAUGUUUAUGUACACAUAGACACUUUUCAAAGUGGCCAAAAUCUCCAUCCGAAGCGCGUUGAUUCAAGCAAACUUAACAGUUUGAUCAUCCAGACCGAGAGUCAGGAGGAGUGGCUCUGGAGCCACAAAUAAAAAACACACUUCUGUUUUAAAAUAUUGUUACAAUUAAGUAACUUUUCAAUGGACUAAUUAAGCAGCAUUUCCAUAACUGAGUGAAAAUAAAAAUACCAGUAAUAUUUAGAUUUUUUUGAAAUUUAAUACAAAUAAACAUCCUAUAGAAACAAAUCAAUCCACCUUUUUGCAAUUUUUUUUUUCAUUUAAAACUUAAUAGAGACAAAAUGAUGACAAAUUUGUAGAAUUGGCAUUAAUCUCAGAAUUCUGGGAAAAAAGAUGCCUCUUGUUCAGGCCCUUUUCUGUAGAAUUUCACAAAAACUCAAAUAGUUAUUUUCCAAAAGGUCUUGUAUCCAUUGAGGCUCUAAACGAGUUUUAUUUGGAUGGGCUGAAUGUGAUCAACAGCUGCAGACGUCAGCGAUAGGAGCUACAGGUGGACACACACCUUUCUGGUGAUGAUGGUUAUUUUUGGUACGGUAGCUUCUGCAAAAGCAAACAGGAGUUUGGCUCCGUGUCGGAUGAUUCCCCCGUACUCCUGGGCGGUGCCUGAAGACGACAGUCACAGCAAAUAAAGGGAAUUUUCUGCUUUCAUGUGAAAUAUUUAAAAAAGCCAAUAAAAGCCCAAACAUCUGAAUGCUCCUAAUGGAAAUUUCCAAACUAAUUUGUGUAUUUCUAAAAGUUACCUGGCAAGAAUCCUGGAACGUCCACGAAGGUGAUGAUGGGAAUGUUGAAGGCAUCACAGAAGCGAACAAAACGAGCUCCUUUUACUGACGAGUUGAUGUCCAAACAACCUGAGGAGCAGAACAAACUUCUCUAAGCUAAAGUCCAGCUGGGUAUUUUCAGCUCCACGCUCACGCCGACUUACCAGAGGCGACUUUAGGCUGAUUACCCACAAUGCCCACUGUGCGCCCAUUCAUUCUGGCAAAUCCAACCACAAUGUUUUUAGCGUAGGUCGGCAUGAUCUCAAAGAAGUCCCUCUCGUCCACUAUCUGAACAUUUAGAGUUAGUUUUACUUCCAGCGGGGAAAAAAUGUGUGUGUGAGUGUGUGUGUACACAUACAGCGUGAAUGAUGUCCAACAUGUCGUAGGCUUUCGUUGACUCAAAAGGGACGACUGUGUCCAACGACUUCACCAAACGAUCACUCGAAACAAAAUAAGUAAAUCAGACAGGAGCUGAAGAAUUUGGCACAUAAAAAAGGUCUAAAUGCUACAAAGACAACUUCAGUAGCAAAGUAGAAAAAAAAACAAGCUAAUUUUUAUUUUGUGGCAGGUUUUUUAAUUUUAUUUUACAUAAAAUCAUUUAACAACCUAUCUUUGUGAUUCAUAACUGAAUUAAAUCCAUUUAUGAUUUUUUUAUUUAAAGAGCAAAUCAACUGUUUUGCUGAUAAACUACAUAAAUGAGUGUCUAAUCGUGCUGCAGACACGUGUGGUGAAUAAUUUGGCACUUUAGUGCAUCUUUGUUAAAAUUUAAAUAUUCUGCCUAAAACUGUCAGUGAUGCGCCCUCGUCAGGUGAAAACUCUGCACUGCAUUUGAAUUUAAAUCUGCCAUCGCUAUUGACUAAGAGGUACACUAUGACGUUUGCUGGUACAUUAUGAUGUCACAAUGUCCUUGUGAGCCUGUGUGUGUGUUUGUUAGCGGCUCCGCCCUCCUGGUCUGCCAGGCAACGGCAUUUGUUGCAUUUUUCAAAAAUAAAGUGGGAGUGGAGUAAGACUGGUAGGGGGUGACUUGCUCUUUAAUAAAUGUUCUGAAACAAUAUUGUUACCUGAAAUUUUAUUAAUUUAACAGUUUUUAAUUUAAUACUUGGUCAGUUUAUGGAUUUGUUUGAUUAACUUUACUUAAAUGUUUGAUUAGAAAACUGAGCUGUUCACAUAAUUAAGAAUCAACAGCUGCUUAAAUUCAGAAUUCAAAUGUUGUGCUUCCACUGUUAUUAGUGACACACAGGUUAUGUGGAAAGUGUCUAGAUUUCGGCCAUCAAUAUCAGCAAUACAAAAACCCAUUUUGGUUGAUCUCUAGUUUCAAAAUUCAAAAAUAAAGCAAUUCCAAAUAAAUAAACUGGGGUAAUAAACUAGCUUAAAAAUGAACAAAAGCAAUAACUUCACAUGUAUUCAUCUCAGAUCUCGACUCUAAUUCAGUUCUGACCACGAUAGAUCGCCACGGCGACACAUCCAGCUGAAGAACAAAUGCUUUUUUGAUAUUACACCAAUUCUACUUCAUAGCAGUUUCUUGGUUCCCAGACGGUUUCAGAUGCAGUUUAUGAAUAUUUGUCUAUUUUGAAACUCAGAUGUACUAAAAAUCAGAUUUUCUCUGUUAGAAAUGUUUAAACCAGCAUGUUGCCGCGACACUGGGUCUCCAUCAGGGUCUUUGUUUCCACGAUGAAAAAAGGACCUCCACAUCUGAAGCAUCAACAGAUCACCUAUGUGAGCUCCUAACGGUGCACCCUCAAAAUAAAAGACAUGUUUCUUCACCUGGGGUCCUGGCACUCCCUGAUGGGGGCGGGGUCCUGGUUGCUAAGCGGAAGGAAGUUGAAGAAGUCUCGCAGGUAGAGCAAGGCCUCGACAUCAUUCUCAAAAGCGCGAUGAGCCACACCUGAGAAUAAAAAAACAAAUUAAUAAACUAGGGGUUGAAAUUAGCGUUGGGACGAUAAUCAAUACAUCAAUGAAUUACGAUAGAUAAAAAAUGAACUCAAUCAUUUUUCCAGCCUCAACAUAUCGAGGUUAAGAAAAGUACAACUCUAUUAUUAUUAUUUAUUAUCUGAAGUGCCGUUUUAGUUGUUGACACCUGAUAGGCUAUUGUAUUUAUUGUCUUGGAGAGAGGGGGUCUAUUUUAUUGUUUUUGGUGCAAUGUUUUCUAACAGACAGUGAAAGUCCUUAUUUAUUUAUUUAUUUAGUUUGUUUUAUUUAUUUUUUUAUUUGUUCUGGACAUUUCCUUGUUAAAUAAAGGUUUACUGUUGCAUUUUAAAGGGUGUACCUGCAUUAUUAUGAUAUAUUAACAAUACAAUAGUGGUUAUUUUGGUCUUGAUAAUAUCGACAAAAAUAUCGUUUGUCGUCAAUAAUUUGUUGGACAAAAUGUUGUCCAGCAAAAUUUGUUAUCGUCCCAGGCCUUGUUGGACUUAACUUAAAAAAAUGUACUUAAUUAAUUAGAGGCUUUGCAAUUAAUUAAUUAAUCUUGAUUAAUCGCAUUUUAAGGUAACUGUCGUGGGAUUUGUUGGGAUGUGUAAAUAUCAGUAUGUGUGUAUAUAUUGAAUCUAAUGGGGAUCGAAAUAAGAGAUAUAUGGAUAUAGUUGCUGGAUAUACCUGCUUUCUACCAACUACAAAGCAUAAAGGUAAAAAAGUAGACUUUUUUUCUUCAUGAAGUGCGAUUUGUGAUGAAUCAUUUAAUAGUAGUUUUAGUUGUGUUUGGAGCACAGAAAAACGGUUACAUGGUCUUGUAGCCCAGGCUCUGUAGUUCUUUUAGAGGUGCAGCUUGUUCACUUGUAUUGAUGUUUAGGGCACAAAUUUUGAUGCUUACAUUUUUUAGCCCCAACUGCGGAUGAUCGGGCUCAAGCGUUCAUUUUUAACUCUUUUUUUCUUAUUAAUUGUAAUUAACAUGUAAAAUCACCUUUCCAAAAAAUAAAAACUUUAUUUAUCUAAUGUUUUUGCUAAAAUUGGAAACCCAGAGCACUGAUGUCCUCCCUACUCCAGCAGGCUGUCACCAACUAUUUAAAGACUCCAUUUUCACAUGUAAAAUACAGACCUGACACCGCGGUGUGAGUUUUAGCGCCACCGAGCUCUUCUUGAGUCACAUCUUCAUUGGUGACAGACUUCACUACAUCUGGUCCUGUGAUGAACAGGUAAGAUGUGUCCUGUAAACACAACAUCAGGUGAGUGAGAAUACCUCCACAGGUUUAGUGUGUCUACGUCAGCAGCUUCAUACUUUAACCAUAAAGGUGAAAUCCGUCAGGGCAGGGGAGUAGACGGCCCCUCCCGCACAAGGACCCAUGAUGAGGGAGAUCUGAGGGAUGACUCCUGAAGCCAACACAUUCCUC